AUGAGUAAGAAGGCGAGAUAUCAAUUUCAAGGUCUUGACUCUCAAAAAGUCAAAGAUGCUCUUUUACGUUCUGCAUCUACUCCUGAAGCCAUAAAUGCAAUAAAUUCAAACUUCGACGGUCAACGCUCCCUUGAUGAAAUUUUACCUCAGAUUGAAAAUUUUAUGAGCAUUGCUGAUGCUUUAGCAGAAGUUCAGCGCGAUUCUCAAGGUGAAGAAGGUCCUAGAAAGCGCCAAAAAAAAUCUGAGCCACAGCCAGAAGAUCUGGAACUUCUUACUCUCCUUUUCUGCCCAUAGUGAAGCAAAAUAUAAUACAUUUUUAUUCAAAGUAAACUUAAUAUAAUGGGUUCUUUAUAUGUUAUUUAAUCAUAAAUUCAAAUAAAAUAAAAUUAAUUUAUACAAAUAGCACUCUAAAUUAUUAUUUAUUUAGAUAAUAAUUUCUUAAAUCCAUAAAAUAUUAUCGAUUCUUGUCGAUUAGCAAGGAAAAGAAGAUAGUGGUGGUAAUAUUUUUAGCGGAAUCAAUGUAAUUCGCUUAGAAGAAGAAUUACCCCGAGCCUUUGAUACUAAAGCGCCUCAAAGGAAGAUUGGUUCCCAAGAAAUCACGAAAAUUACAGUCCUUGAAAAAAAUGCUUUGCAAGCUAUCAACGAUAUAUGUAUGAGGAAAAAUCUUGAGGCAAAACCCAACGUUUUAGAAGUCGUGGAACUAGGGAUGCAGGAAUUUUUAAGCAGAAUUUUAGACAAACUUAACAAUUUGCAAGCAAAUGCCCCAGAAAAUGUGAAAUACACCGUGGAUCCAAGAGAAGUCAUAGGAGAAAAAGAACAGAUUUUGCAUAAUAAAGCCAAAAAAGGUGGAGGAAUUAUGACGAUAAGAGAAAAUGAUAUAAUUUCUGUAUUGGGAAUACCCUGUGCUGAAAUUAAUUUUAUAUCAGCUCCUAAUAGAAAAAUUAUUAAUUAAUUAGAAAACAGAUCAUUAAUUUAAAAAAUUUUUUUAUCUAAUUAAUUGAAUAAAAAAUAAUAAGUGGAAACUUAAAAAUUGGAAAGGAGAAUAA